AUGACAUAAGAACCUAAUCCAUUUAGUAAUAAUAUACAAAUAUAAUCAAGAACAUGUGACAUUUAUGGAUACUAAUUGUGCAGCCAAAGCAGGAAUGGUCACUGUAGCUGGAGGUGCAAUGGGUUUUUUAAUGGCUUUAUUUAUGAAUGCAGUAGAAAUGAGAGACAUGGAUUAUGGUAGAACCAAAUAAUCAACUCGAUAUGUUUUGAGAGUAAUAUAAUUAUAAAAUACUAGAGAGAUAUAAAUAAAAUGUUUGGAAUGGCAAAAGGAUUUGCUAUUUUUGGUGCUUUUUAUUCUAUAUUUGAAUGUCAAUUAGAAAAAUUAAGAAUUAGAGAUGAUGCAACAAAUUCAUUUCUUUCUUGCAUGUUUUCAUCUAUGGUACUAGCUGCUGAAUCAGUUGGAUGGAAGGGUUUAAUGAUGUCAGGAUUAGGAGGAGGUAUGUUUGGAGGGGUUAUGUAUUAUGUUUAGAUUAAGUUUAUGAAUCACUGA